CCGUCCUGCCCGCGGCGGCCGUCAGCGUGAGUGCCAGCGAUGAAAUCUCCCCCGUCCCGCUCGCGGCGCCCCCACCCCAUUCCUUCCUUCCAUCCACCGUCGGGGGAGCGAGGGAGCGAGAGCAUGGCGAGCGGGGGCAGGGUGGAUCUGGACGGCGGCGCCGUGCCGCCGCUCACCAUCUGCAUGAUCGGCACCGGCGGCUUCAUCGGCUCCCACCUCUGUGAGAAGCUCAUGGCCGAGACCCCCCACGUCGUCCUCGCCGUCAACGUCUACUCCGACAAGAUCCGCCACCUCGUCGACCCGCCGCCUCCCCACCUCGCCAGACACAUCUCCUUCCACCACCUCAACAUCAAGAACGACCCCCGCCUCAAGGGCCUCGUCAAGAUGGCCGAUCUGGUACUUCCCCUCCCUCCCUCCUCUCGCGGAUCGAGUCACGGUGCCGCAGCCCCUGCACCUACACGACGGCGCCCUGGAGACCCGAGGAAGUCGGACCAGAAGACGGAUCCCAAGCCGGCGGGGACGAGUCCAGAGCCGAUCCAGGAGCCGCGCGUCGAGGAGGCCCGUGGCUGCGGCGGUUUCGCUUUCCUCUGCGCCCUCGCUGGACAACAAGGAGGUGUGUGGCUGUUUCCCCGCCCCUCUGCCAAAUCGCACUAUGGCCAUUACUGGAAUCUCUAUGCCGAUGAGGUCCGACAAGCUCUACUCUGGCAGUGCCGACGGCUCUGUUCGCGUAUGGGACGACAAAUCUGGCAAGGUAGCUGGGCUAUCCGCUCUUGGCAUUCCCCUCAGACUCGUUAUGCUCAGUUCACCUUUGAGGUCAUGUCUCUAUUGAUUCCUGCAUUACGUGUGGCGGUUGAGUUCUGCUGCCUGUUCAAUUGGGGAUUAACUCUGGUUGCUUGAGGUGGUUGAUGUGCCGAUGGGCUCAAAUUGUGCAUCGUCUAUGAUGGUUGAUGUGUGCUGACUGCUUGAUCAACUGAGGAGCUCCUCUAAUUCCUUUGUGCGCCUGAUGUAUCCGUUGGUUCAGAUCAGGUUGUCAUUUGGCACGCCUGGGGUUGAGGACAUGUCAGAUUGAUUUGCCUUGGAGGCUUUUCGCCUGUUUGUCGUGAUCAGUGUACACGAGAUCAGUUUCGGGAGGCGAUCAGGCUGGUUACCUGACAGGCAAAACUCUCUGCGGUUAAAGUUGCACUCUGAUUGCCAGAUGGCCAUAUGUUUAAUAGCAAGAAAAAAAGAGUAAAAAAGAAAGGGAAAAACGAGAGAUGAGCUUUAAGAAGAUAAGAUUCUUCAGGAAAAAGGAGAAAUUUAAGAAAAGAUUGUUGUGUAGUAGAGAAAAAAAAGAGCGAGAGUUUCUAAUCUGUUGUGUUGCCCUUUCUAUUCUUAAUGUUUCUGCAAUAAUGCGUUGAUGUCAUCAAGAUAGGAGGGAAGAUUGGCUGUAUGGUCACUCACGACAAGUGAGUAUUUGUUGGAAUACCAAAAUCCGUGGAGGUAUUCUCAAUUUUACUGGGAGUGCAAGUCAAUUUUGCUAUAUAUUGAAGUGCUAUUGGGUGUUGAACUAUUGUUCUUCGUUGCUCCGACGGCUUCCACGCAUGAAACAUAAAGACAGGGAUGAAGCUAAGUCUUCAGGGACCUUCUGGGCUUGUUUGUUCCAUGACUAUCAAGGAUGUGAUGAUGUUUGCUGGCACAGCGGACGGGCGCAUCAAGGCUUGGAAAUUUCCAGCUAAGGACAUCAACUCGGAACCGGUGGCAAUCCUCACUGGCCAUGACCGUCAUGUGAUUUCACUUGCUGUCUCAACAACAAGGCUUUACUCUGGCUCACUUGACAAGACAAUCAGAGUAUGGGACCUUAAAAAUCUUCAGUGUGUCCAAACACUCUCUGAGCAUAAGGCUGCUGUUACUUCUGAGCUUUGUUGGGGUCAGAAGUUACUUUCUUGCUCUCUCGACAAGACUGUAAAGGUCUGGGCUGCUUCAGAAUCUGGAGACCUUCAACUCAUGCAUACCCACUCUGAGGAGCAUGAAAUCGUCGCAUGGGCCGGCCCAACUACAGGGACCAGCUAUACUACGCUCUACUCUCUAGAAAAUAAACAGCACGCCCAUUUGGCCAGCCCAUGGGCGGGUGCGUCUUUUUUAGUUUUUUUACUUAUUAUUUAUCAGUUCAUUUUUA